AUGUACAUUAACCAGAUAAAACGACUCCCGAUGGACCAACAUCUUGACAUCUGGGACCUCAUUCUCACCAUUUCUUUGGCCACUGCGCGUAUCUGGGGAGAUCUCGGCAGCUUGUAUCCACUUCUUGCCCUUCUCUAUAACCGGAGUGGCAGCUAUCAGGACUGGGAAUGGAACGCGAUUGCUCAAACCACACGCUCCCUCAACGCACAGACCAUCGGCACCGGCGAGCUCCAAACCGGCGCUAUCAACUGGAGCCGGUACGAGAAUUAUGCCGCUCACGUGCAUACUAUAACAGUCAAGAUCGAUGGCGCAUACCGCAACUGGGUUUUUCUCCUCCCCAUCAAGCGACUGGCGGCUACUCGUCGUCGCGAGCAGACUACCGCCGAUGGGCGCACACAUCAUUAUUUCCCUCCUCUUCUACCCAAUCUAGUUUCCCUUACCUUUGAGUUGCAAUAUUCCCAGAACUUGGAUCAUGCGAUCGCUGUGCUCACAGCGCCUAGCACCCAACUUCUUGGUGUCGAAGCCUUGGCUGGUCUGAUGUUACUUAUGGCACCAACCCUCCGGGCCCUUUGUAUAACUUGGAAGAACUCGAUAUCUCAACUGUUUACCGAGAUACUUGAUCGAUAUACGCAAGGUCUUGGAACACCAGCCUCUUGCGCUGAUUUCAACUCGGGACUUGUUGGAUCCGACUAUGGUUUUGUCGACCUAAUACUGCCUGGCGACUAUCUAACAGCUAUUCCUCGCUCUCAGUCACUUGUGUCUUUCAAGGGGUUCUCUGCGUCUCCCUAUAUGAUGGAGGCGUUGGCUCUCCUUCCUAACCUUUCUGAAAUCGCGCUAUACCAUAUGCCUGGUCAUCAACCAAUCCCGCUUGCUCAUGAAUAUGUACCGAGGCUACCCGUCCAGCCUUCUGUACGAUUCCCGGCUCUCAUCCAUUUGCAAAUCCUCGCUUGUCAUAAUAGGGUUGAGGAAAUACACCGAAUUCUUACCCAUUUCCCUAUCGAAUGUCUUCAGAGCCUUAGCCUUGAAUUUUCUCAAGCGCAUGGAAUACCCUCGGACAAAUUUAUGGGCCCGUUGUACGCACUCAUCGGAAACCAGGGCCACUGUCUACGCGCAUUGAGCCUCAUCUACGACGCUGAAAAGUGGGAUUACAUCUCCCCGACUUGGGACGUCGAAAGUAAAGUAUAUGCAUUUGCGCCUUGGUCAUCAUUUUCUCAAUUGAUCAACUGCCACAAACUUGAGUCGAUAGUCAUCAAAUGUGCAGGAAUCUACCACGGCCUAGUUUUGCCCCCAAAUAGCAUUCAAACUUUAGGCGUGGCGUGGCCUCUUCUCUCUAAACUCUGCAUCUCUGAAACGCUUCUCGGCGUUGAUGUCGUCGAACAAUCCACCCGUCCACGUCUUGUCGAUAUGCGGGGACUCGCAGAGCUUGCUCUAGCUUUCCCCCGGCUCAAAACCUUACAUCUUACCUUGGAUGUGGAUGACAUAUCCACUUUUGGACGCCUCCCUGUCAGCGACGAGCGACCACCUUGUCUCCCGCUUGAUCUGGAUUUGGGCUAUUCUCCCUUGGUAGGAGAUAUAGCUGAGGACGUUGCUAGGCAAUUACUUUUGAUUUGGCCCGGCUUGAGAUCCUUACGGACUUACUGGAAAGAACACCGCCCUGUAGGCGUGCACGCGAUUUAUCUCACAAAAUGGCGCGAAGUAAUUCGCCACUGUGGUCCAUCGGUCGUUGACGGACAUAACACUGACAAAUGUCAUGAUGGACAUGAAGAACAGGCUUAUUGGCGAGCGAUAUGA